GGAUGGAUUUUAUGGGUUCUCCAUCUCGACACGUGUACUCUUCCCAGCAGGCUCAGCUGCUGUCAGUGAAUAUGGCCCAGGUUCCAGCUGAGAGACCGUGCAGUGUCAAGAUGGAGGCUUCAGCAUCAGUGGAACAUGAGGCACUGAGCACAGCUUUCCGUUCCGUGCCACUGGCUGAGGAAGAGGACUUUGACAGUAAAGAUUGGGUCAUCAUUGACAGGACAGAACUGAAAGACUUCCAGCCCGGUGUGGAGGCCAGCUCAUCAGGAACAACAGAUGAGGAGCCGGAGGAACUGCGACCCUUGGAGCGAGCUGAAGGAGUAGCUGUUCGCCCAAAGAGCCACGAAGUGAGGGCCAGGCCUGAGCAGGACAGUGUGAGGGAAACCCUGCUGCUGAGUCCUGGCCGCUCACCGCUACACCAUUCCCAGCCAGCAGCUCCCUGCACCAGGCGAGAAUCCGACCCAUCAGCCUCUGAGCCACAGUUUGUGGAGGAGGAGGGGGCGGACGCACUGCCUCAGCACUCUGUGCCACCGCGGUAUAGCCCUCUGAGGAGGCUUGCCUCCUCGGUGUUCUCCUCUUCCUCCCUCGAGACUGAACACUACCCACACCCCAGCAACAGCUUCCUGCAGAGGAGCCGCUCAGCGGAGAGCAGCCCAGCCCGGCUACCAUCGUCAUCGUCACGGAGACACAUGCCCCUGAUCGCUGGCACUCACCGAUUGAUGCCGUCUGUCCUCCGUAUCUCACGGACACAGCUUCAGCAAGUGUGGGCUCGCUUUGUGUCCAAGAGCUGA